UAGUAGGCCGAGGUCGAAAGCUUGUGCAUUGUAUUUUGCGACCGGAUUUGCUGGAGUAGUGCUGCCCGCUGAUCUGCUCUGAACGUCAAUACAUUCUCAAGAACAAUGUCAAAGUCUACUUUUUUAAUUGUGGUCUUUCUCGUCACUUUUCUAGCAACAACAUAUUGUGGCGAUGCUUCAGAAGAGGAGGAGGAUGGUCCGUCACAGAAGUGGAAGAAGAAAGAUAUUCGAGAUUACAAUGAUGCAGAUCUGGAAAGAUUGUUCGAUCAGUGGGAGGAAGACGAAGAGAAAGAUCCCGAUGACUUGAUGGAACAUGAAAGACCAGCACCAAAGAUCGACUUCUCCAAGAUGGAUCCCAGCAAUCCUGAGAGUAUCCUUCAGAUGAGCAAGAAGGGCAAGACCCUGAUGAUGUUUGUGACUGUCUCAGAGGAUCCAACUAAGGAGGAAGCAGAAACCAUCACCCAGCGAUGGCAAGAUCAGCUAUUCAAUGCAAACUAUCAAAUCCAGAGAUACAUGGUGGACAGCAACAGGGCCAUCUUCCUCACCAAAGAUGGUGCCACUGCUUGGGAGAUGAAAAACUUUCUCUUAGAACAGGAUCGAUGCCAGGAGGUGACUAUCGACAACAAGAGCUAUUAUGGCAAGGGCUCUGGAAGGAUGGAUGAAAACAAACCUGCAGGGGAAAGAAGAUUCAAAGAGUAAGACAAAGAAAGAAAGGGGAAGAAGAAGAAGAAGGAAACUAAAAUCGAAAAUAAUAAGACAGAAUUGUAAGUAGAUAGCAAAAGAAUAAAACACUUUCAUGUACUUUUGUGUUUCUUAAUGUCUUGUGUAAGUUCUGUAACACAAGUGUAUUGUGUGUAUUGUCUCUAUUGUGAACACAUUCUCUUUUGACAGUGAUACAAUCAUGAUUUGAUUGUGAGAGCUUAGAGCAAUAACUUUUUUGAAUAUGCUGUAAACAUUUCAUAAACUAUAUAUUUUCAUAAGGUGUAUCAAAUGAAUUGAAUAAUGAUUUUUUGUUUGUAUUUAUGAAAUGUAUUCCUUCCAUUUCCAUAUGCACCCUAUAUAAUCAAUGGUUAGUGAUGCACAUCUGCUUUCUCGUCAUGUUUUUGUCAUAACUGUCUUAUUAGUACCAGGUUGCUUUCUGAUCAUGCUUUUGGAAUUGC